AUGACCAAAUGCGCAGAGCUCCCGAACCUGACAAUUGAAGUGGACUUUGUGGACAUCAAUGUCGGGUGUCCCAUUGACCUGGUCUACAAGAAGAAAGAAGCUCCUGGCGACCCGGAUGCCAACAUUGAUGUGACCGAGGACGUGCUCCCCCAAGAGCACCUCAGGCUCUUGGGUUCCUCCCCGAACGCAGUGGAGGAUGACCAGGACCCUGACACCAGGCGUGACAUCUUCUCAGCGUUCAACAUCUCACCAAAGAGCAACACCUCCUCAGGGCGUGACAUCUCCCCAGAGAGUAACAUCUUCUUUGCGUUCAACAGCUCGCCAAAGAGCAACAUCUCCUCAAAAAGCAACAUCUCAGAGAGCGACAUCUCCCCAGCAUUCAACAUCUCCCCGAAGAGCAACAUCUCCCCAGAGCGCGACAUCUGCUCACAGUGCGACAUCUCCCCAGAGCACGACAUCUGCUCACAGCGCGACCUCUCCCCAGAGCGCAACCUCUCCCCAGAGCGCAACAUCUGCUCACAAUGCGACAUCUGCUCAGAGCGCGACAUCUCCUCACAGCGAGACAUCUCCUCAGAGCGCGACAUCUCCUCAGAGCGCGACAUCUGCUCACAGUGCGACAUCUGCUCAGAGCACCACAUCUGCUCAGAGCACCACAUCUGCUCAGAGCGCGACAUCUCCUCAGAGCGCGACAUCUCCUCAGAGCGCGACAUCUCCCCAGAGCACGACAUCUGCUCACAGUGCGACAUCUCCUCAGAGCACGACAUCUGCUCACAGUGCGACAUCUCCCCAGAGCACGAAAUCUGCUCACAGUGCGACAUCUCCCCAGAGCGCGACAUCUGCUCACAGUGCGACAUCUCCCCAGAGCACGACAUCUCCUCUAGCAACAUCUCCGCAGAGUGUGACUCCUCCCCAAAGAGCAACAUCUUCUCUGCAUUCAACAUCUCGCCAAAGAGCAACAUCUCCGCAGAGUGUGACUCCUCCCCAAAGAGCAACAUCUUCUCUGCAUUCAACAUCUCGCCAAAGAGCAACAUCUCCGCAGAGUGUGAUAUAUCCCCAAAGAGCAACAUCUCCACAGAGUGUGACUUCUCCCCAAAGAGCAACAUCUUCUCUGCAUUCAACAUCUCGCCCAAGAGCAACAUCUCCUCUGAGAGCGACAUCUCCCCAAAGAGCAACAUCUUCUCAGCGUUCGACAUCUCUCCAAAGAGCAACAUCUGCUCAGAUUGUGACAUCUGCCCAGAGCGCAACAUCUCCCCAGAGAGCAAAAUCUCCUCAGCGUUCGACAUCUCCCCAAGGACCAACAUCUCCUCUGAGAGGGACAUCUCCCCAAAGAUCCACAUCUCCCCAGAGGGCAAAUUCUCCCUAAAGAGUGACAUCUCCUCAGAGCACAACAUCAUCUCCUCAAAGAGUGACACCUCCUGCAGCAGCGACACCUCCUGGGAGAGCGACGUCCCCACCAGCCCCUCUGCUGUCCCCCACAGCCAAGCCCUUGGGGACGCGGCCGGCCACCUUGCCGUGCCCCACAAGGUGCCCAUCGAGGAGGCCCUGAGGCUCUUUGACUGCAACCCCAGUGGCACUGGCACACCUGCGCCGCUUUGUGAGGUCGCCUCCCUCUCGCUGCCCGAGGAGCUGCUGACGCCCUACUACAGCGUGGAGGAGACCAUGGAGGCUGUCAGCAUCCUGGAAGAAUUCCGCUCCAGGACAGAGUCCCAGGAACCAUGCGGGGACGCGGGGAUGGAGCUGCCGCCAGCCCAGCCCACCAUGGCAGAGAAGCGGGGGACGAAGCGGGGGACGAGCCCCCUGUCACCACCACCCAGCAAGCGCAGGGCUCUGGCAGGCAGCCCGGGGGUGGCAGGGGGGAAGAGACCCCCCCCAGUGAGGAGACAGAGAUGAUGGGGGGCCGAGAUGGGGUGCAUUUAGGGGGUGGGGGGAGGGUUGUAUUUAGGGGAGGGGACUGUAUCUGGGGGGGUGGUGUGAGGGACAUGUUUAGGGGAGGGAGGGUUAGAGUAGCUUCAAUAGGGCCUUUUCUCUCCUGUUUUUCCAUUAAAAGUCGUAGCGGGCAGUGUGUUUGGGGAGGUGGGUGUGUUUAGGGGAGGCAGGUCUAUUUAAAGGGGGGGUAGUGUAUUUUGAGAGAUGGGGGGGUGAGUUUAGGGGAGGGGGCGUUAGAGUAGCUUUGAUAGAGACUUUUCUCUCAUCUUUUUCCAUUACAAGUUGUAGCAGGCAGUGUGUUUUGGGGGAAAUGAGUUUAGGGGAGGGUGGGGCAUUUGAGGACAGGGUAUUGUAUUUGGGGGUGGGUGGGGGGAUAUGUUUUGUGGGAGGGGGGCGGAUUUGAGGGAGGGGGGCUUAGAGUGGCUUUGUUAGGACCGUUUCUCUUGUGUUUUUCCAUUAAAAGUUGUUUCUCCAACCCCACUCCGUGCCUGUCUGGGAGGGGAGGGAGCACAGGGGGGCAGCGGGAAUCGGCCCCCACCAGGUGCCACAGCCCCGCUGAAGGGGGAUUUUCAUUCAUACUUGGCCCUUGUUUAACUUGGGCAUUCAAGCAGCUGAACUUUUUCUGACUUAGUUCUCCCUGUGUACACAUCACACUCUCCUGCAAUCAGCCUUUCCUCUUCUCCUGACUUGGCCUUUCCCAGCGAGUUCUUGGGCAGUGGUUUUCUUCAAAGCUGCUUUAGUGCUGCUGAAGGAUGUUGAAGCAACAGCUCUGGCGAUCCAAGCACUCUACUCGCCCAUGAAAGCCAUCCAGCUCAGGCAGCCGCAACACAGGACUCACAGCUCCUCGCUCCCCUGGACACGCUUCCAACCUUGCUAUGACCCGAUUCUAUGACUAUGGAGCUGGAGAGGCUGCAACCAGGGUCCCAAACACAUGGGGAAGAUGUGGCAGCUAGAGGGGAGGAAGCAGAGGUCAGCGAGUGCCAUCUCACACCAAACACCCCACACUUGUCACAUCACUCUGUCUUUCAGUCUGAACUCCCACCCACACACCAAACACAAGGGCAGACUUUGCACUCCGGCCACUCUCAUGAGCACCAGCCCUUGCUCGCUGCAUUAGCAGCACAGCCUCCUUCAUACACCCACCAGGAACGUGUGGCAGCACCAAACAUCUGUAGUGAGUUUUGUGUUGGCUACAGCCCAUGUCAGAGAACAACCACAGCCCCCAGAGACAAGGGGGCUUUGUCCCACGGCUCCUCCAUCCAUCCCGCAGCCUGCCCACAGCAGGAAGAAGGCACAACGGCCUGCACCAAAGGAGGAGCAAAAAACAGUUCCUCCCAUGGGCCACCAGCAGCCGAAACACAAAGCCCUCUCACACCUCAGCUGGGCUGAGCUUGAAAAUCCUUCCAAGGGGUAAUGUGGAAAACCCUGUUGCCGGAGCAGCCACAACAGAAUUCUGCCCACGGGACAGCUUCAAGCAGAUUUACACCUCUGUGCAACGGGAGACGGCUGAGCCCUGAGCAACCAGGCCUUGCAUUUACUGCUUAAAAAAACCCCACAUUAAAAAAGCCCACACCAAGCGCCCUACAUCUCUGCAGAGAGCUCCACCUUCUCCAGCUGACAGCCAGCAGGAGGCAGAAGAGCCAAAGCCCCAAACCCCAGAACCCCUCAGAGGUCACCAGAUGGGGGCCUCUAGGGGGGGUGUUCUGUCCCUCGAGCCAGGAUGAGCCCUGCUCCCCCGGCACAGCAGCUGCUGCUCAUCCCGAACGCCUCACAGGUCAGCACCCAGGAGGUGCCCCAAAACGGGACGACACCUCUCCCUCCUGCAAGGCCCACACACCGGCCGCCCCGCCCCUCCCCACACGGACAGCCCCUCCCCCGGGGGUCCUGCCCCCACGGCCAGGCCCUUCCUGAGGGCCGCCCCCAGCCCACAGGCCCUGCUCCCCCGCAGA